GUUACCGGGGCAGCCGGGAAGCCGAGGUUACAUUUUGGAAAAGUUAUUUUCUCCUAUCGCCCAAACAUGUAAUCUUAGCUAGUAUAAUUACCAGCUAGUUAAAUAAAAAACAAGUUUCUCCUUUUCGGAGCUAGUCAACAUAAUGCUCACUUAGUGAAUCGCACUCGCUGUUCAAAGGGAAAUGAGAGACUUUAGUGACUCAAUAUAGAACUUUUUCCUCAUCACGGUAUGUGCUGGCCGUGUUGCUUUUACUUGGGCCCAUCUGCCUUCCUUACAGAGGCCUGCAUGUGUCCCAGUCGGGCCCAUAGCUAGAGAGGCGCCAACCUCGGCAUGGGCACGGCCUCGUCCAUGGUGGGUCCGGGGGGGGAGGUGAUCGAGGACGCCUACGGUGGCGGGGGCGGCGAGGCCUGCGAGAUCCCCGUGGAGGUGAAGCCCAAGGCCCGUCUUGUGCGCAGUUCGUUCCGGCGCGGCCCGCGUGCCAUUGGCGCCAGCUUCAAGUCCACCGGUUCUGUCGACCUGGAGUACAGCGCGGAGCUGGACCGGCUGCGCAAGGACUACGAGAUCCUGCGCGUCAGCAAGAGUAAUGAGGUGGCUGCCCUGCAGAAGAAGGAGGCCAAGCUGGACGAGGAGAACAAGAGGCUGCGGGCGGAGCUUCAGGCUCUGCAGAAGACCUACCAGAAGAUUUUGCGUGAGAAGGAGGGUGCUCUUGAAGCGAAGUACCAGGCCAUGGAGAGAGCGGCGACCUUCGAGCACGACCGCGACAAGGUCAAGCGGCAGUUCAAGAUCUUCCGUGAGACCAAAGAGAAGGAGAUACAGGACCUUCUGAGGGCCAAGCGGGACCUGGAGGCCAAGCUGCAGCAGCUGCAGGCGCAGGGGAUCCAGGUGUACGACCCGGCCGAUUCGGAUGAGGAUGACAGCCCGAGCGGCGCUGCAGCUGCAGGAAAUCAGUGUGAGUACUGGAGUGGUGCCGCGCUGGGCAGUGAGCCCUCUAUGGGCAGCAUGAUGCAGCUGCAGCAGACUUUCCGGGGGCCUGAGUUUGCUCACAGCUUGAUCGACGUGGAGGGCCCGUUUGCCAACGUGAGCAGAGACGACUGGGACACAGCGGUGGCCUCCCUCCUGCAGGUGUCGCCACAUGUCUCCCAGGCGCUGUGGAGCAACACGGUGCGCUGCUACCUCAUGUACACCCCCGAGACGCAGGCUGAGGUUGAGGCCUUCGUCCAGGGCUACGUCCCCCGCCUGCAGAGGCUGUGCGAGGGCCUGGGUCACUUCUUUGUGAGCGUCAGCUUCCCCGCGGACGGCGCCGACGGAUAUACGGCAGAGCGGCGCCAGGAGAUCGAACGCAGCUCUGUGUGCGUGCUGCUUCUGAGGGCGUCUGUUACCAGCUCCAUGCUGGAGGACGUGGAGGAGGCCUUUGUGAAGAACCCCGAGGCCCGUCCUCUGCUUCUGUACCUGCGGACCAGUCAGGGCAUCCGCCUGUCUCCGGCUGCUAAGGACCUGGUGGAGAGGGUGACUGUAGCAGACAGAGCAGUCAAGGUCAAGGUUAUAGACCAUGCAGGGCACCCUGAGGAGGGAGCCUCGCUGAUCCACGGCAGCCUUGAGAGGGUCAUCAGACAGGAGCUGCUGGGCCAGGAAGUGGCUGACGAUGAGAGCUGCCUGACUGGGGCAGACGAGGGCUGCGGCGAGGAGGAUUACGGGGACGUGCUGUGGGAUCCGCAUGACGAGCAGGAGCAGGCAGAGGCCUUCCAGCGGGCUGCUGCCUCCGCCGCUUCACCCGGUUGCCAGAAGUACAUGGAGCGCCUGAAUGACAUGGUGGCGGCGCCCCCACCCAUCCCCCCCCUGCUUGUGUCCGGGGGGCCAGGCUCCGGGAAAUCCCUCCUGCUCUCCAAAUGGAUAGAGUUCCAGCAGAAGCACUCUCCCAACACGCUGAUCCUGUACCACUUCGUGGGCCGGCCGCUGUCCACGAGCGCAGAGCCGGUGCUGAUGGCAAAAAGGCUGACCAUCAAGCUCCUGCAGCACUUCUUCUGCUCCAUCUCGGGCCUGUCCAUGGACCCUUGCAAAGUCCUGGAGGAGUUCCCCCGCUGGCUGGAGAGACUGUCAGCACGUCACCACGGCAACAUCAUCGUCAUCAUCGACUCUGUCGACCAGAUCCAGCAUGCGGAGAAGCACAUGAAGUGGCUCAUCGACCCUCUGCCCGUGAAUGUGAGGGUGGUGGUCUCCGUUAAUGUGGAGACCUGCCCGCAGGCCUGGAGACUCUGGCCCACUCUUCACCUGGACCCCCUGAGCCCCAAGGAGGCGAGGUCGCUGAUUUCUGCUGAGUGCCAGGCAGCACAGGUCACACUCUCCUGGGAGCAGGAGAAGAAGCUGGACAGUCACUGCCGGUCGGCCUCCACCUGUAGCCCCCUCUACGUCACGCUCCUGGCUAAGAUACUCACCAGCGCCGGGAGGCCGGACCCCGUGCUGGAGCUGUGUCUCCAGAGUCCGGACACGCUGUCCCUGUACCGUCUGGGUUUGCGGACCCUCAUGGACACGCUGAGGACAGACCGGGAGAAACUCGUCAUGAAGGAGGUGGUGUGCCUGGUGUGCGUCAGCCACAACGGCGUGGCCGAGUCCGAGCUGCUGGAGAUGUUCCCCGACCUGACGUGGCCCUUGUUAACGUCGCUGCUGCGGCAGCUGCAGAACCUGCGCAUCAUCACCUUUGGCUGCGGCCUGCUCAAGUUCCAGCACCUGCAGGCGUGGGAGGCGGUGCGUCUGGAGUACAUGAGCACAGAGGGUAGGGCGUCGGGGUACAGGGAGAGACUGAUCCAGUACUUCAGCGGCCAGCUCAGUCAGGACCGGGUGACGUGGAGGGUGGCUGAUGAACUGCCAUGGCUGCUGCACCAGCAGGAGGACAAGGUCCAGCUCCGGCAGAGCCUGCUCAACCUGUUUGUCUCCCAGAACCUCUACAAGAGGGGCCACUUCUCGGAGCUGUUGGCCUAUUGGCUGUAUGUAGGCAGGGACAGGAGCUCCAUGGCCACCGAGUACUUCGAUUCUCUGAAGCACUACGAGAAAAACUGUGAGGGUGAGGGUAGCGCACCCCUGCUGGCCAACCUGUGUGAGACCCUGGGCCGCUUCCUGAAGGACCUGGGACUGCUCAGCCAGGCGGUGGCUCCCCUGCAGAGGUCACUAGAGAUCCGGGAGACGGCACUGGACCCGGACCACCCAAGCGUGGCGCGCUCAUUGCACCAGCUGGCUGGCGUGUAUGUGCAGUGGAGGAAGCUGGGGAAUGCCGAGCAGCUGUUCAAGCAGGCACUGGAGAUCGGCGAGAAUGCGUGCGGCGCCGAGCACCUCUGCGUGGCACGCGAGCUCGACUCCCUCGCCCUUCUCUACCAGAAGCAGAACAAGUAUGAGCAGGCCGAGAAGCUGAGGAAGCGUGCUCUGAAGAUACGGCAGAAGGCCGCACGUCACAAGGGAAGCAUGUAUGGUUUCUCCCUCCUACGGCGCCGUACCCUGCAGCUGGAGGAGCUGACACUGGGUAAGGACUCGGUGGACUGUGCCAAGACGCUGAACGAACUGGGGGUGCUCUACUACCUACAGAACAAUCUGGACACGGCCAUGGUGUUCCUAACGCGUUCCCUGGAGAUGCGCCGGCGCGUGCUGGGCCCCGAGCAUCCGGACUGCGCCCAGUCGCUCAACAACCUGGCGGCGCUGCACUGUGAACGGCGGGAAUACGAGCGUGCUGAGGAGCUGUAUGAGAGCGCAUUGGACAUCCGGAGGCGCGCCCUGGCCCCCAACCACCCCUCAUUGGCCUACACUGUCAAGCACCUGGCCAUGCUGUACAAGCGCAGGGGAAAGCCGGAGAAGGCGGUUCCGCUAUACGAGCUGGCCCUGGAGAUCCGGGAGAAGAGCUUCGGGCCCAAACACCCGAGUGUGGCCACGGCAUUGGUCAACCUGGCCGUUCUCUACUGCCAGUUGAAGAAGCAUGGGGAGGCGCUGCCGCUCUACGAACAGGCCCUGAAGAUCUACGAGGAUAGUCUGGGGCGCAUGCACCCCCGCGUGGGCGAGACGCUCAAGAACCUGGCUGUACUGAGCUACGAGGAGGGAGACUUCGAGAAGGCAGCCGAGCUGUACAAACGGGCCAUGGAGAUCAAGGAGGCGGAGCCUUCGCUGGUGGGCGGGAAAGCCCCCUCCCACCAGUCGUCUGCGGGCGACACCUUCAGCCUUCGCGGCCCCUCCCACCACCCUGGUGCCAGCCUUGGUAACAGGUGACCUUCCCUCAGAGCAUGACGAUUCUGCCUGGCCAGGAGCCCCACCUUGUUGUCCUGGUUAUGGUGGGCGGAGCUUUUGACUUUGCUGCCCUCUAGAGGUCCUCAUUACUCUGUCCUUAAAGGGCACCUUUGGUUCAAUAACAGCACCAGGAGCAUGCAAACUGCCAAAUGACUGAAACGUUGACCAAAAUGCUUCUUGGAGAGGCUAUACACCAAAGCACCCCUGUGCAGUGUACUGGAAAAUGAAGCAUUAGCUGCAAUGUCUUCCAAAACCCCAUCAGUAUUAAAAUACUUUGGCUAUCCCC